AUGGUGGCAUUGGAUGGUGAGCAACUCAAACAAUUAAAGGACAUUUUCUCAAGGUUCGACAUGGACUCUGACGGCAGCCUUACGAUGUUAGAGCUCGCCGCGCUGCUCCGGUCGCUAGGACUCCAGCCAACGGGGGAUCAACUCCAAGUCCUUUUAGCUCAUAUGGACUCUAAUGGCAAUGGUGCGGUCGAGUUCGAUGAAUUAACAAAUGCCAUUUUGCCUCAUAUGAAUGAGCAGAUAAUGGUAAAUCAAGAGCAGCUCAAGGAGCUUUUCACCUUGUUCGAUCGUGACGGCAACGGCUACAUCACCCCGGCCGAGCUUGCAGGUUGCAUGUCCAAAAUGGGCAACCGUUGUCGUAAAGAGCUAGCGGAGAUGAUCAGAGAGGCUGAUGCCGAUGGAGAUGGUGUCAUUAACUUCAAUGAAUUUUCUACUAUAAUGGCUAAGUCGGCCUUUGAUUUUCUCGGCAUCCGUUUAUCUUCGUAA